UGUGAGUGUUGUAACGCUAGUGUGUGGUUCGGUGUCGGGAAGGAGCUGGGUGAGAAUUUGGGGGCUGUAGCCUUCUUCACCAUGGCUACAGCGAAAAUGAAGCCGCCUGUAGGCUUCAUAGUAGCGCUAGCGUAUAUCUCAGUGGUUUCUGCUCAAGUGAACUUAGGACAAGGACUUCAAAGAGAGAUAUUUUUCUUAAAUUUAGAAGACGGCUACUUCGGCUGUCAAGUGAACGAGUCCACAGACGUACUUCAGUUGUUCGAAGUGUCGAGACUUUGUGAUGGGACUCCGAACUGCUUCUUAGGAUCCGAUGAAAACUUCCAAGAACUCAAAUGCACAAAUGACUGCCCGUACACACAAGGCUACAAGUGUGUGAACGGAGCGUGUCUGGACGGCCAGUGCCACUGUAAUGAUGGUUACGGUGGCUGCGGCUGCGAAUCUCCAGACGAGAACGAGUGCAAGUACCGCCCCUGCGACGUGUUUGCCUCCUGCACGAACACCCUCGGCUCCUUCUACUGCACCUGCUUCCCAGGCUAUGAGGGAGACGGCUUCGCGUGUAACGAUAUCGACGAAUGCCUCAUCCCAGAGUUAGCAGCAAGAUGCGCACCCGAUGCCGAGUGCUGCAACCUGCCCGCUCACUACACUUGCAAAUGCAAAGAGGGAUUCACAGGAGACGGAUACACACAGUGUUCCGACAUCAACGAAUGCGACGACCCGGCCGCGUGCGGGAGUAACGCCAUCUGUACGAAUCAUCACGGCAACUACACCUGCACGUGUCCGGAUGGCUUCGUUGGCAACCCUUACGAUGGGUGUGCCGAUUACGACGAGUGCCAACGCGCCGACGUCUGCGGUCCCCUGGCUAAGUGCCGGAACCGCGAGGGAGGACACGAUUGCGAGUGUCCGCUCGGAUACGAGGGAGAUGCUUACUCGAGGGCAGGCUGUCAGAACAUCAACGAAUGCGCAGGUAACCCCUGUGCAGCCAACGCCAUCUGCGUGGACGGCGUUAACAACUACACCUGCGCAUGCCCUCCCGGUUACAUCGGUGACCCCUACAACAUGUACGGCGCCUGCCAAGACGUCAACGAGUGCGUCGACCCGAGCUCCGAGCGCGACGACGACGGCGUCGAGACGACCACCACCGUCACCCUCGACGUCACCCUCGUCGACGACCUGUUCGAGAGCCUGCUGCCGGAGGCGCUGGAGAACGCCAUCAGCCAGGCGGCGUCGAACUGGAGCUUCCCGUGCGGCGCGGCGGCCACGUGCAUCAACACGCCGGGGUCGUACGAGUGCCGCUGCCCCGCCGGCUUCUCGGGGAAACCCCGCGAGAAGUGCACGGACGUGAACGAGUGCGGGCUGGCCUCCACCUGCGGAGAGAACGCCAAGUGCAUGAACGUCCCAGGGUCGUACAAGUGCUACUGCCCGCGCGGCUUCGAGGGCGACGGCGACGUGGCCUGCAGCAACGUCGACGAGUGCCAAAGCAACCCUUGUGGUGCCAACGCCGUCUGCAUCGACAGCGUGGGCAGCUACUCGUGCCAGUGCCAAGAGUACUUCACUGGAGACCCUUAUAUCGGAUGCGUUGACAUCGACGAGUGCACGGCCUUCAACCGACCGUGCGGCAUCAACGCCGUGUGCCAGAAUGCCCAGCCGGGAUUCACGUGCCUGUGCCCUCAGGGGUAUAGUCCCAGCCCGACUCCUGACGUCGCGUGCAAGCAAUCUGCCGUUGACAUCCUCUGCCGCUCGAACUUCGACUGCGUGAAUAAUGCAGAGUGCAGGACCGGCGUGUGCUUCUGCCGCGAUGGCUUCCAGGCCGUGGGUGCCGAGUGCCGCGACGUGGACGAGUGCCGGCUCUCUCCGUGCGGCCCCAACGCGCAGUGCCAGAACGUGCCCGGGAGCUUCCAGUGCUCCUGCAACUUCGGCUUCAUCGGGAACCCGCCCGACUCGGCUUGCAAAGCUCCGUGUGAAGGCGUGGAGUGCGGACCACACGCGACCUGCAAACCCGAUGGCGUAGAGGCGAUGUGCAUGUGUGAUCCCGGUUGGACUUACGACCCUAAGGACAUCACCGCGGGAUGCGUUGACGUGGACGAAUGCACGGCCGGGAACCGUCCGUCGGGGCAGUGCGGUGACAACGCCGUCUGCACCAACACCCUCGGCUCCUUCACGUGCCAGUGCCCGCCAGGCUUCUCGGGGAAAUCCAAACACGAAAUGUCUUGACGUGGACGAGUGCCGGCGGCCCGGGACGUGCGGGCUGGGCGCCGUCUGCACCAACACCCUGGGCUCCUUCACCUGCUCGUGCCCGCCCAGCACGGUGGCCGACCCAGACCCCUUCACGCAGUGCCUGGACAUCAUGA